CACUGUCAUGGCGGCUGCUGUCGCGGUUUAGUAUGUUUUGAUUUGUUUCAAAUGAUAUAGCCAUAAUCCUGCUGGGUAGAUGUCAGUGACAGCAAUAUAAAUCGAUGUUUAUCAAAUAGUUGUGGAUACCUGACAUUGAAAGACUCCGAUAUAAUAUCUCUGCGUUAACACAUAGCAAACCUCUGUCAAGAUGGUGCUAACAGAUCUGCCUUUUGAGCAUGGAGCUCUGAUCCACAGCAGAUAUUCUACGAUCCGCCGCCCUGACAGUGCUCCAGUUGGCAUCAAAGAUGAUGAGGAAAGGCGGCGUCAAACCAAAUCUUAUGCUACAUUCCUAAGAGAACAAGAAAGAAAAGUAGGCCCAGAGGGAUUUCUUGAUUCAAGUAAAUACUCACAUUCUUUUGUGGUAAAAAAACAAAAACACAAAAUGCGAAAAUCAGCAGACUCGGCCAUUCCUAGCCGUCCUUCAGUCGUUUCCUUCAGUGCCCGAGUGGAGAAGGAUGGAAAAGAUCACAAGAAGCGGAUGAAAGUCAUUGAGGAAGGCCAGAUGUCUCUGCGGGAUCACAUGUGGCAACAUAAACAAGAAGAGAGAGAGCUGAAACGUGUUGAAGGGGACAUCAUCAAGAAUCAGCGAGCAGUUCGUCACACUCUCCGUGACUUUGAGAAUGCUAUUAACAAAAAGAGGAUGCAGGAGGAGAAGAAGCUGAACCAGGGACUGGAGGUCUAUACUAAGAUCAGGCGUGACUUUGUCCAUAAGAAGGAAGAGUUGACAAAGACUCGGAUACAACAUGCCAUGUCUUCAGAACACAAUACAAAAUGGCAGGGCAGAAAAAAUGAAGUCCAGCAGUCUGACCUUGCUCGUCAGUACCGGUCAAAGAUGAGCGAGAUGGAACUCAAGAGGAUUGAGGUGCUCCGAAUGAAUCAGGAAUUUGAAUCCAAAAUGAGACAGAAAGAGGAAGAACAGCUUAAGUUACAAAAUGAUCUGGCCGAGCUAACCAUUAAUUUGAAUAUGGAAUCACAGAAAGGCAGAGUAAUGAGAUUUGAUACUGAAAGGGAAAGAAAGAAGGAUCAAACAAGUAAAAUACAGGAGACUUUACAAGGAGUAGACAAUGUAAAAAAUAAAUUAAUGAGAAGUGAUGGUGAUACUAAGGCUGCAGAAAUGAGUAAACGGAAACUAAGUGCUGAUUUGUCUCUAACAAAAUCUCACUUAGAUAUCAAGAAAAGAGAUGAACAACGACACUUAACAGACACUCAGUUUAGACUAGAUGAUAAUUCUAACAUACAGCGACAACUAAAUGAGGCAGCCUUCCAUGCCAAUCUGGACAUGAAGGCCCGACAGAUAGACCAGAAACUAGAGGCUCAUAAUGCCAGGAGGGUGAAUCUGCUGUCAUCCACAAUGUCUGACAAGAAAAUGAAAGAGGAUGGAAAACAGGCAGUGUGGGAGGCAAGGUUCAAGAAACGCUACAACGAUCACAGGCGCAAAGAACAUGACGAUCAGCUCAAAUUUUUCCAGAAAAUGGUGACUAAAGGUGAUGAUUUAGAACAGAAUCUGUACAACAAAGUGAGAAAUGCAGAGUAUACACGCCAGAAACAGGAGCAGGCUGUUCGCAGACUUCAACAAACACUUGCAGAUGUGAAACGCAAAAACUCUAUAAAGAUACGACAAGAACUUUCAGAACGACAACGAGAGGAGAAAGAGUUACAAGAAAAAUUGAUCCGUGAAAAGGCCGAAUUGGACAAGGCUCAUUCUCAGAGGGAAGAGAGCUAUAUAAAAUUACAACAGCACCGCCAGCUUCUCAAGGAGGAUAAACACAAUCUCACAGAACAUGAGCGGGAGAACUCUAGAAUUGUAAAGAUUGCUGAACGUUCAGACACGGCACUCACAGAAACGUAUUAGAUUAAGUGACAACUCCUGAUCAUACCAGGCAUGUCUGGGAACAUUCUCUGAAACAUGUACACAAACAAUGCAUUUUGUCUUGUUACAUGUGUGGAAGAAGGAGAAGAUGGUACUGGUUUGUAUGGGGUUAGAAAAUCUAUGGUUUAUCUCUGGGUGAUUUUCUAGUGAACUGUUGAGGUGAUGGAUGUUGCGGUUCCAUGACAGUCUGAGAGGGUAACAAGGUAUAUCCUAGUGAAAUGUUGUGUAACUACAGGCUAGUAGAGUUGUAUGCUGUGGAUGAUCACUUGUAGGCAGACUCACAAGUUUAUAUUAUCCGCUUACUAUUUAAGAAAUUUCACUGUUUGAUUUUCGGAACUCAAAUUGAUAAUGAUAUACUAUUAUCAUAACUACAUAACAGAACUAUUCCUAUUUUUUCUGUGUGGCCAGGCUAAAUACAAACCUCACCAUCUACCAGUAACCUUGUUGUAAGGAUACUUAUAUCCUUUAGUUUCGUGAUUCUCUCUGAUCUGGUUCACUCAAUGUAUCAACUACUCUAAUGGGUCUUUAUAUAGAGAGGACAACUGUCAUCGUCAUAGGUUGAAAGGCAUUUCAGUUUCUGACAAGUAUGAAAUAUCAGUUUGUGUGUGCAAUAAUUAGAAUUAUUUUUCUUUUGAUGAUUUCAUACACUGAAAAAUAACAGUCAAGGAAUGUAAUGGUAAAAUUCAUGAAGCAGAGAAGAGUUUAGAAUGAUCUGGCGUUGUGAAGUUUCUUAUCCUGAAUAACACAACUGUUGUUUGUCGGGAUUGGCAGGUUUGAAGAAGAAAUAGCUUAUUGUGGAUUUAUUUACAAACUUUUCUUAAUUGAAUAUGGUAGGAAUAAAAUCAAACAUUAUAGAAAAGUUGAAAAAAAAAGAAAAACGUUCUUCAACAGUCAACACUAAGAGGUACACAUCAGCCAACAGAAUACUAAUUAGAGACAACAUGAUAUGUCAAAUAAUUAUAUUGCUACAGGGUUGUUUGAUUGUAGAAUCUGCAAUGUACAUUCAUACAAUACAUGUUUUGGGUGUGGGACAAGGUAUGAGUAGGAAAAGGGAGAUUAUAUAUAUAUGGUGGAAAUAUGCAUACUCGUAUAAUAUAUUGUUACAACAACAUGUGCUAUAACUGUGAUAGUGACUGUUUAUAGACAAUGCUUGGCAUACCACUGUCAGAAGCUAUCAUUUUAUAUAUGUAUACAUUUUACAAAUAUAUUGUCUUGCUUUUUUUAAAAGAAGAGAUUUUAUAGAUAGUUUUCCUGUAAUGAGAACAAGAUUUUUUGUUUGAAGUUUAAAGCACUUAUAUACAUAGUAUAUCUGAAAGCAAGGCAUUGAUUUAAAGAUAUAGAUCUGAGGGCAGAUGUGACAUCUGUCCAUUAAUGAGAUUAAUUAAUUGACUGCGUCAUUAUAUAAUAAUGAGUGUCGUUUGAGGAUGUAUUCAGGGUCAAGGUCAGAAGAAAGGUAAAGGAAAAGAUAAAGCUAUACUCCUAUGUGUAUACCACUUUGAAGUAAUGAGGGUUUUGACUGACUAAUACUGGUUUUUGACUGACUGGUGGUACAGUGUACUAGUAUGGUUGAUUUAGAAAUGUUAUAUCUAAUGAUGAUGGUAAUCUAAACUUUGAUUUAUAACCAAGUCUUAUCACGACAGUCUACUCUAAUAUGAACAAUUUGCUCAUUGAAUAUCAGAAAUUAUACUCUCUAUACAUCUGUUAGAUAGAAAUUGUACCUCAAAUGUGACAAUGGUUUGUGUAAGUGCAUGUUUGUGUGUUAUGUAUUAGUGGUGCCGUCCCGUAUAUCAGUUUAGAAACAUUUGUAUGUGUGUAUCCAGAACAGUCUCAGUAUCAGAUAUGCUAACUUAAUCACUUUGAUGGCCAUAUGCAUCAUCAUUAGAUGGCCAGUUAGGUUCCACAUUAGGUUAAAGUGCCUGUUGUUAUGAUGGUGUAGUGUUGUUAGGGCGUAUCCUUUGUGAUAUAACGGUUACUGAUGGCAUUAAAACCCGAUACCAAUAGUAACCUUAGAUAUCCCAUGAUAUAUCACAUUCCGGGUAGAGUUACUGUAAAUGUUGUGUCACCAAUACUGUAUAAAAGUUUAAAUGUUUUAACAAUAUCGUUCUGCUGGAUGUUCAAGAACAGUUUGAAAUGUAUAUCCCAAUCUAAUUACGACAUUUGUUUCAUGUUGUAAUUAUAUUGAUGGAGGCACAACACCGCCUCUCUGUCUCAGGCCAUGUACCACUGUACCACUGUAAAAACUGUUCACGGGAAAGAAGACUGUGUUUGCUUUUGUUUGUAAGAGAUGUGAGAAGAUAUCUGAGAGACUUUGUUAUAUAGAUAUACAGUUUUUGUUUCAAUUUUUAACAAAGAUUUUCAUAUUUUAAUAAUCUUCCACUAUUGUAUUCAACUGUUGCUGUGCUAAUUCAGAGUAUGUAUUUGUUUGUUUUGUGAGCCAUUGUAUACAUUAUAUACAUUGUACAGUACAUAUGAUGUUGCACUCACAGCAUACACAAUUGUUAUCUGGGGUGUUUUCAAACAUAUAUUUAGCGUUUUAUUUAUUCAUUGCUGUAUUUUUUCCCCAAAAAAAUCCUUAUUUCAUUUAUGGAAUAUUGAUGAGUGCACAGAACACGAUUGUAAUUUACUGUUGAUUGAAGCAGACACCUACCAUACCCCUGAUACACAUCAUGCUGACAUAUCAUAUAUUGUACAGUGUUACAUACAGGAGUAUCCUAUUGUCUGUAGGUAUUGUAGUAGAUAAUCCUGAUCCUGGCUUGCUACCUCACUGUCCAUGAUCUCCACGGGAUAUUUGUAUGGAAGGCAGGGAAGCAGAGAGCUCUGUAAAUCAUUUAUUGUGUUGUGUUGUCAGAUUACGUAGUGUUAAACCAUUUGUGCCAACUACAAUGUCUGUAGACAGUUACAAUACCUGUAUGUUCUGCGAUUCCCUUGUUGAUAAAGGGAUGGUAAUUGAUUCAGUAUUAGACUAUAACACACCCGACCACAAAUAAAAGUCUGGAGUUCAUGUUGAUCAUCAUUUACACACAAAUCAUACAGUCUAUUACAGAUAAAGCUCGUUACAGCCGUGUGUUGGAACUAUAGCCACAAAUCCUCGAAAAUAUGAUAUAUUAUCUCACUGCUUCUAGUUUGUUAUAAAGAUAUAAAUGCUGCUGUUGUUUCUGAGAACUGUGAUAUGAUGAAAAUAAUGAUAUAUUAAUAUGUGAUCCCCAGGCAUUUGUGAUAUGAUUAUGGUAAAUUGAUUUGUGAUAAAAUUAUGGUAAAUUGAAUAUAAAAUAAAGAAUUCAUAAAA